AUGUACUUAGAGGAACAAAAAAGAAUGAAAGAGGAGGAAGAAAAAAAGAAAGAGGAGGAGAUACAUUUAGCUAAAGAGAUGGAAGAAAAGGUUAAACAAGCAGAAGAGUCUAGGAAAAAAAUUGCUGAGAUAGAAAGUAAGAUAUCACUGACAAAAAAGGACCAUGAGGCAACUUCUGAAGCAUCUGAUCGUCUGUUCAAAGAAGCCAAUGAACGAUUGAAGAGAGCAAUACGGAAAGGAAAUUUGCAGGAAGUUAGUGUUGCACAGGGUAUGUUGGAAGGCUGUGUUGUGAUGCGUGGAACUGAGCAGCAAAAACUUAAAGAAGUGGAAACUCUUCAAAAAACUGUAGAGAAAAGAAAAAAUAGUUUAAUCACUGCUUUCUUUGAAAUAAAUCAGCAUUUGUUCUUAGAUUUUAAUACAUCUGAUAGAAAUCUCCUUCUACAGAUGUGCCUUGAACAAUUGCUUGAUAUGCAUAAACAUAUUAGUGUCUACGACCCUGAUAGGAAUAUGCUACGGAGGAAAGAAUGGGAGCGGAGAAAUCAGGAGAGCCAGCAUGAAGAUAGCAUAUUUAACAGCAGUUAUUCCCUCUUCAGUGAACCAUACAAGACUAACAAGGGGGAUGAACUUUCCAGUCGUAUCCAGAGUACUCUAGGCAACUAUGAUGAGAUGAAAGAGCUGUUGACUGACCGAUCCAAUCAAAGCCACCUUGUUGGAGUUCCAAAGCCCUGUGUCUCUCAAACAUCUGUGAACAAAGCUGAUGAACACUUUAUUGCUGAUGCUCAGGCUUCCAUUUGCAAUUUACCAUCUUCCCUAUCGGCGGGGCUUCCUGGGCAAUUGAGUAAGACCACCACAAUAGGUUGGCAGAAAUCUGGACACACGUUAGAAAGCCAACAACGGGGGAACAAACCUGGGCAUGGAUUGACAGAUUCCCACAACAAUGACUUCAAAACAGCUAACCAAAAAAAUAAUUUAGAAAAGAUUAAGCUAUACGUAUCCAGUCCCUCUUCACCAUCUUCAUCAAGUAGUGCUCAAGGUCUUUUGCCAUCUUUACUUGGAGAUAGCAUCAGAACACAACAGCAACCCAAACUGAGUUGUGGUACAGAAGCUGGAGUUCAGGCUCAAGAAAGGCCAACUAUGCAUAGCAGUGGACAUUGUGUGCAGAAUUUUCCUCCUGCACUUACUUCAAAGCCCAUUGUAGUUCAGCAGAAACCAACAGCUUAUGUAAGGCCAAUGGAUGGUCAAGAUCAGGCUCCUGAAGAAUCUCCAAAACUGAAGGUGCCAGCUGAAACUAGCACACUCUGCACUUCUUAUAGGGGGAUGCCUUCUGCUAAAACAGAUUCAGCUAGAACCAAGUCAAAAGUAACAAAGUUCAGUAUUCCCAAGCAAGGAGAGGAGUAUGGGACAGAAGAGGACAGCUGUGUUGAAGAAAUUUUAAGGGACUUGCAGCAUGACACAGGACACAACAAUCAAAGAAAAGGUGAUGUUGAGCCAAAGAUUCCAGAGAACAGCGCAUCACAUACAUCAAUGUUAGAAGAUGACCUCAAGUUGAGCAGUGAUGAAGAUGAGAAUGAGCAGCAGGCAGCACGGAAAUCUGCUCUCCGGGUUCUAUCUGACAGCCCUGCUGUGCCGCAGCCGCCCAGUUGCAGAAUCUCAGGAAUCUCCAGCAAAUGCUCCAGCAGCAGCAGCAGCAGCUCCAGUGAAUCCGAGAGCAGUUCAGAAUCCGACUCUGAGAGUGACAGCAGUUCUGCUGAGAGUGACUGCGACAAAGCUUCUCAUUACUCCAACCCAGAGCCUGAACCACCAUCAUCAAACAAGUGGCAGUUGGAUAAAUGGUUAAACAAGGUUAAUCCUCACAAAGCACCUCUUUUGAAUCAAAAUGAUACCCACGGACUAGAGAACUUUCAAUAUUACAACAAGGUAAAAGAUGAACAGCAGGAUUGUGAGAAUAUACCUGCCAUUUGUCAAACAGAUACCCGAGAAAAAGAAGUCAAGAAUCUCAACAAAGAAGAGCUGAGGCCUAGAACAGCUAAUAAAGCUCCAGGGCAUAAGGGAGGAAAACAAAAAUCACCGCCUGCUGCUGCAGUUUCAAUUGAUGGUGGUCCUCAAAAAAGGACAGGUUGUAAAAAACAGCCAAGAAGGGCAGAGAGGACCUCUGGUGGUGAUAACUUAAACAGCCAUACAACUGAUGAUCUGGAUUUGAGUCAAGUACUUUUGGACAGUGGCGUUUGUGAAGAACCUAAAAUCAGGCCCUGCAACAGUAACGCUGAGCACAGAAAGGAACCGCACAUCACUGCUUGUGAAAAGAAACGGACCAGGGGGUUGGGUAAAACAGCACCCAAAUCCAAGGAAUUUAUUGAGACAGACUCUUCAGCUUCCUCAGAUUCAGAUUCCCACUCUGAACAAGAGGAAUAUCUUUUACACAAACCUCAGGCUGUGGCCUCAGCUUCAGUUGGAAGUGACCAGAAAGUAAAAGACUCUGGGAUUAGUACCGCCAACAGAGCAAAUGGCAGCUGUGGCAGUUUUGGUUCCGUUAAUGCCAGAACACAUAACGAUAUAGCAAAGGAGCUGGAAGAGCAGUUUUACACACUGGUCCCUUUUGGUAGGAAUGAGCUUCUGUCUCCCCUGAAGGACACAGAUGAAAUAAAAGCACUUUGGGUCAAAAUUGAUUUGACUCUUUUGUCCAGAAUACCACAACACUUACCCGAGGAGCCACUGGUAAUAAACACUGAACUUAAAGAAGCCGUCAGUAUGCAGCGGAGCACUGUGACUGAUGUGCCAGCAGAAAAAGUGAUCCCAAAAUCUAAAAGGAAACGCAAGUAUGAAAAUGAGGAUGAGGCUAGACAAAGCAAGAAGAUCCACACAGAGCAAGAAUGUUCCUCCUAUUUAUUUUCCUCAACCCAGGUUAUUUCAACAGCAAACCAUUGCAAUGUGAUCAAAAACAGCUUAGCAAUAUCAGUAAAUAAAAAUGAGAAAAUACUUCAGUCACCUGCCUCACCCCUCUCUGAUGCAUCAAAACACAAGGUCGCCAGUGUUGAUUUCACAUCUUCUAACAGACUGAAUGGCGGAAACUUAUUAUCUUCCUUAUCUUCAAGCAGAAAACACAAAAGUGAUAUCCAGUCCCACCAACACCCUGGAGAUUUCAGUUCUCCUUUAUUGAUGGUCCAGAAAGCAACACACAUCAGUUCAGAACAUGCUUUCCUCUGCAACAAGACACAGUGCCGAAAAGAACCCUGGUGUCCUACGCCCACUAUACAUAAAGACUGCAGAAGAGCAAAGCUCAGCUGCAACAAUGGACCGCACAAUGUAGAUUACUUUAUGCAGGAAGCGAAAAGGAAGAAGCAUAAAGCAGAUGCAAUGGUGGAGAAAUUUGGCAAGGCAUUUAAUUAUGCUGAAGCUGCAUUAUCAUUCAUUGAAUGCGGAAAUGCUAUGGAACAAGGGCCCAUGGAGUCUAAAUCCCCCUUCACAAUGUAUUCCGAAACAGUUGAACUUAUCAGGUAUGCUGUGAGGCUAAAAACCCACUCAGGCCCUCAUGCUACAUCAGAAGAAAAACAGUUAGCAGCAUUAUGUUACCGCUGUUUGGCACUUUUAUACUGGAGAAUGUUUCGACUCAAGAGAGACCAUGCUGUAAAAUAUUCAAAAGCUCUUAUUGAGUAUUUCAAGAAUUCAACUAAAGUUGCUCAGGUACCGUCUCCCUGGGGUACUAGUGGAAAGUAUACGGGAACACCUUCUCCCCUUUCACCGAGCCCUUCUCCUGUGAGUUCUGUGGGGUCCCAAGGAAGCACUGGAACCCCUUCUCCGUCUUCCAUAAUCAGCAUUCCACAGCGAAUUCAUCAGAUGGCAGCCAAUCACGUUAGUAUUACCAACAGCAUCUUGCACAGUUACGACUACUGGGAUAUGGCUGACAAUCUUGCCAAGGAAAACCAAGAUUUCUUUAAUGAUUUGGAUGCACUGAUGGGACCUGUUACCUUGCACAGCAGUAUGGAGCACCUGGUUCAGUACACACAACAAGGACUACAUUGGAUAAGGAGUAGGGCUCAGUUGUGAUAGCGAUGGUGUGCCGCUUUCCUGGACACUAGACUCUCCCACAGACAAUUCAGUUAUUCUAGACACUGUGCUACAGAAAUACUCAACAACAGCAUUGCUUCAAACAAGUGUGAAUAUUUCUUCUGAUGCAAAACAAUAUUUUUUCAGAGUGCAGAAACAGAUGCGUAUGCAAUGUUUGUCUCUUCUGAUGCUUUUUCUCCAAUUUAGCUCUUCUGUAAAGAAGGUGACAUAAGUGUGUUGUCAUGCACACACACCACAUACACACACUCUGUCCUUCAGUACUUAGAAAACUAAACCUGAACUUAGUAGGUUGAUUUAACCAAGUACAACAAGACAUGCUAUCUCAAUUCUGGAAAGCAUUUUCCACCAGACUUUUAAAUGCAUUCAUAAAUACCCACUUAACUGUAACUUUGGAAGAGAUGUGGUUUCUUGAAUUAGGCCAAGUGUAAAUUCUCUGUAUCAAAGCAUUUUUUUUUGUACCUUACAUUGGAAGAGGGAUGGGCACCUUCUGUAUUUGUAGAGUCCAUUCUGUUAUCCAGACAAUGAAGGACCUGUGGUCCAGAAGUUAAUUUUCCAUGCAGUCUCUCUCUCACACACACACACCCCAUGAGAUCAGCUCCUUAGAUAAUAAUGGGGGUAGAAUGUAACAAUCACAGUAAAAGCUUCCAUAUAAUGGAGCACAUGCAUCCAGGCAUAACAGCAUUAUUUUCAAAUGUGUAUUUAUAUAUUGUGUACAUACUGACUACAAAAUCAAAAAGAAAGAUGCAGCAUUAAAGUAAAAUGAUUUCCUUAUGAGUGAAACCAUGGGCAAUUUUUUCCAUACCUUGAUUAAAAUGUGUUAGGGCCAUCAGAAACCAAAAAAAAAUUGUAUCUAGAGCCAGAUAUAGC